UUUCGCUUAUAAUACGCAGGCAGGGUUUGGACCUUGGGCAACUUCAAUACAACUCGCGCUCAACCUACGCCCUUCAGCUAAACAGUCAUAGUCAAAACUUUUCCACCGCUGGAAUGAGCAGCUGGAGAACUCUAGUGCUUCGAAUUGGUGAGAAGUGCCCUGACUAUGGUGGAAAUGACGACUUCAAAGACCAUAUUGAGACAUGCUUUGGUGCCGUUCGCCGUGAAUUGGAGUACUCCGAGGACGAUAUCUUAGUGUUCCUUCUCCAGUGUGCCGAGCAAUUGCCUCACAAGAUACCUUUGUAUGGAACAUUGGUUGGUCUACUAAAUCUGGAGAAUGAGGAUUUUGUCACAAAAGUUGUAGAGAAUACUCAAGCUAAUUUGCAGGCUGCUUUGGACUCUGGAAAUUGUGAUAGGAUCCGUGUAUUGAUGCGCUUUUUGACAGGCUUGAUGUGCAGCAAAGUUCUUCAACCGAGUUCAUUGGUGGUUCUGUUUGAAACAUUACUAUCAUCAGCGGCAACAACAGUGGAUGAUGAUAAAGGAAAUCCCUCUUGGCAAGCUCGUGCUGACUUUUAUAUAACUUGUAUUUUGUCGUGUCUCCCUUGGGGGGGAGGAGAACUGGUUGAGCAAGUUCCUGAGGAGAUUGAGAGGGUUAUGGCCGGCAUACAGGCUUACAUGAGCAUUAGAAGGCAUGUUUCUGACACUGGCUUCUCUGUCUUCGAGGAUAUUGAUGAAAGCAAUGAACCUGACAAUGAAAAAGAUUUCUUGGAGGACUUGUGGAGUCGGAUUCAAGAUCUUUCUAACAACGGGUGGAAGCUUGAUAGCGUUCCAAGACCACACCUUUCAUUUGAAGCACAGCUGGUUGCCGGGAAGUCUCAUGAUUUUGGUCCCAUAAGCUGCCCUGACCAAUCUGAUCCUCCUACUGCAUUAUCUGGGAUUGCCUUUGGCAGACAAAAGCACGAAGCUGAGUCAAAAUAUCCUCAAAGGAUACGGAGGCUUAAUAUAUUUCCUUCUAGUAAAUAUGAGGAUGUGCAGCCUAUAGAUCGGUUUGUUGUGGAAGAGUAUUUGUUGGAUGUGAUGUUAUUCUUAAAUGGCUGUCGAAAGGAAUGUGCUUCAUACAUGGUUGGGCUGCCUGUUUCCUUCCGAUACGAAUACCUUAUGGCUGAGACAAUUUUCUCUCAGCUUCUUUUGUUGCCUCAGCCCCCGUUCAAGCCGAUGUAUUAUACUUUGGUCAUUAUUGACCUCUGUAAGUCUCUUCCUGGUGCCUUCCCGGCAGUUGUAGCAGGGGCAGUCCGUGCUCUUUUUGACAAAAUUGCUGAUUUAGACAUGGAGUGCCGUACACGCCUUAUCCUUUGGUUCUCACAUCACUUAUCCAAUUUUCAAUUCAUAUGGCCGUGGGAAGAAUGGGCUCAUGUCUUAGACCUCCCAAAAUGGGCUCCACAACGGGUGUUUGUCCAGGAAAUUUUGGAAAGAGAAGUACGUUUGUCUUAUUGGGACAAAAUUAAGCAGAGCAUUGAGAGUGCCCCUGUUUUAGAAGAGUUACUUCCACCAAAAGGUACACCAAACUUCAAAUACAGUUCAGAAGAUGGAGAUAAAACUGAGCAUGCCCUUUCCUCAGAACUUAUUGGCAUGGUGAAAGGAAGGCUAUCUGCACGUGAAAUUGUUUCAUGGGUUGACAAUAGUGUGCUUGCCAUUCAUGGUUUGGAUAUCGCACUCAGCGUUGUUGUUCAAACCCUUCUCAAUAUUGGAUCAAAAAGUUUUACACAUUUGAUCACUGUUUUGGAGAGAUAUGGUCAAGUCAUUUCAAGGAUUUGUUCAGAUCAGGACAAACAAGUUAUGCUGAUAUCUGAAGUGAGUUCAUUCUGGAAGAACAAUGCUCAAAUGACAGCUAUAGCCAUUGACAGAAUGAUGGGUUAUCGCCUUAUAUCUAAUUUGGCAAUUGUGAGAUGGGUUUUUUCACCAUCUAAUGUCAAUCAAUUUCAUAUUUCAGAUCGUCCAUGGGAGAUUCUGAGGAAUGCUGUGAACAAGACAUACAACCGUAUUUCUGAUCUAAGGAAGGAGAUGUCGUCCUUGAAAAAGAGCGUUUUAUCAGCUGAAGAAUCUGCAUCUAAAGCCAGAGCAGAGUUAUCAGCUGCUGAGUCAAAGCUUACACUCAUGGAUGGUGAACCUGUUCUUGGUGAAAAUCCUGUGAGAAUGAAGCGUUUGAAAUCUCAAGCUGACAAAGCAAACGAGGAGGAGUUAUCUGUUCGUGAAUCAUUGGAGGCAAAGGAGGCUCUUUUUGCUCAAGCUGUUGAUGAAAUUGAGGCUUUAUUUAUAUCCUUGUAUAAAAAUUUUUCCAAUGUUUUGGUGGAACCCCUUCGUGAUGCAUAUAAUUAUCUGAUGAAAUUUCACUCCAACGGGGAUAGGAGUGGAAAUGAUUAUACUGUUGGUGAGAAAGAGCAAUGGUGUUCAUCAACUCUGGGUUAUGUCAAAGCCUUCACCCGCCAAUAUGCUUCAGAGAUUUGGCCGCAUGUUGAGAAAUUAGAUGCCGAGGUGUUAACAAAAGACGUGCAUCCACUUUUCCUAAAAGCCUUCUACUCUGGUCUGCGACGACCAACGAGUGAUUUGGUGUAACUGGUGGACAUGCUGUGAGCAUAUCUGGAUGGGAAAGAGCUUUAGAUAUCUCUCAAGGUUUGUAGUAGAGCCAAGAUUUUAUUAGAAUCAUUUCAUGUAACAACAAUAAUUAUUAUGAUCAAUUCUAGUUUUAGGAUUAUAUGACAUUUUCCGCCAAUAGGUUAGUUGUUUUCAGUUUUACUUUAUCACGCGAUUUUAUCGACUGAAUCUUUGAGUACUAUUGAUGAUAUGAAUUUGGUUCGCGUUUUAA